AUGUCUGUGGUCAUAUUGCUCACGGUCAUUGCCGACAAAGUCCUAAACACCUCCCAUCUUCGUCUCUGCACGUUACCCCAAUUACACCCGGCUCAGAACUCUUCUCUGUCAAUCCCGCAUGCAUUUUGGCUUCAGAGGGCGAAGUCAGGCCUUCUGAGUGAAGGGAUCUCGCACAUCGGCCAGCUGUUCUUUGAUCAAUAUCUUAUCUCUCGGGUGGAGGCUACCUACCCGCACAAUACCAGCCCGGUCGAGAUCACCCAAGACGCAAACGAUCAUGUUGUCAAGGUUGAGACAGCGGACUCUGACUCUGAUCCGUUUUUCGAGCAUGCUCAUCUGGGCGACACUAUCGAGGAGUGUCUUUCUGAUUGGGUCACUCUGGGUAUAAUUGCCACGGCGAGCCAAGAUUCAGAUGCAACUUAUCCGGCCUCGUUGACCUCCACUUGCGGAGUGACCAACUUAGACAAUAAGUUUGGCAGAGGCGAUUUCUAA